AGAUUAGAUUGGUUAUGAGGUCCCUAAUUUCAAGCAUAAACCAAGAGAUAAUAAAGAUAUCUGACCCAAACAAUAGGGGUGGUUGGUCAACAAACAAGUCUUAUACAAUUCGGAUUGCAAUCCACUUCUAUUUAUAUUUAUGGUACCAAAACUCAAUCAAGGGGACUAGAAUUUUACCUCAACUCCUUGGUGCUUGAAAGGUACUCAUAAAGUUAUGUUUUGCUUUGUAUUCUAAAGCCCUUUGAUAUACUACCGUCAGGGUGUUCUUAUGAUCAUGGUGCGGCAUUGUCGGUUAAUCGGCGACGUGAUCGAUCUCGCAACUGCACGAUCGUACACACCCUUAAUCCAUCCAUCGUGUCAUGUGAAACAGGAACCGCCACACCGAGACAGGGAGGGGCUCCAUGGACAUGGACACGCGGAGAGACACCAAGCCCUUCCUUCCCCCGACCGCUAGCGCCAGCCAACGAGGCGUCCCCGGGCUCAGCGCCUGCCACGCGCCGACGCCGCUGGGCCGCGGCCCGCGGGUUGCGGCCCCGCAGCAGGCUGCCUGCGUGCUGAACCGAGCCGCGUCCGAUGAUCGGGCGCCGGAAGGCGGCGGCGACGGGCUCGAGGCCGGCGCUCCGACGACUUGCGCCCGUCCUCCUCCUCGCUGCUCCGCCGCGCGGGUUAGCCGGAAAUUCUGGAGCGCCGGCGAGUACGAAGCAGACGGCGGGAGCCCCGCGCAACCUGCACGAAAUGUUCAGAACCGCAUGUGCGUCCACCCCAAAUUCCUCCACUCGAAUGCGACCUCGCAUAAAUGGCCAUUCGGAGCCGUGGCAGAGUUACUGGAUAAUGCGGUCGACGAGAUAAAAAGCGGCGCUACUAAAAUUGUGGUGGACAAAAUCGUUAACAAGCGGAACGGGUCGCCAGCUUUACUUGUUCAAGAUGACGGAGGAGGCAUGGAUCCAGAUUCCUUGAGGCGCUGCAUGAGCUUUGGAUUUUCUGAUAAGAAAUCAGGUUCUUCAAUUGGACAAUACGGCAAUGGAUUCAAGACGAGCACAAUGCGGUUAGGGGCAGACGCUAUCGUCUUCAGUCGCUUCUUGAAGAGCAGUGGGCCUACACAGUCCAUUGGUCUUCUCUCUUACACUUUCUUGACGGAAACUGAUCAAAAGGAUGUAGUAGUUCCCAUGGUGGACUACAAUUACAAUUGGAUGACAGGGGAAGCUAAACAACAUGAGCGACAUGGUGCAGAUCAGUUCUCCUCAAAUCUGUCAGUGUUAUUGAAAUGGUCCCCUUUUGCAACAGAAGAAGAGCUGAUGCAUAAUUUUGAUGACAUUGGUCCACAUGGCACAAGGAUUAUAGUGUUCAAUUUGUGGUCUAAUGAUGAUGGUGUUCUGGAGCUGGAUUUUGACUCCAAGGAGGAGGAUAUUAUGAUUAGUGGCACACCAAAGCCGGCAAGUAAUGCUGUAAAGAGGAUGAAUGAAGAACAUCUGGCAAAUCAGCUGCGCUAUUCUCUUAGGGUCUAUGCCUCUGUCUUGUAUUUGCAACUACCCGGGUACUUCAAGAUCAUACUCCGGGGACAAGAAGUUAUGCGCCACAGCAUUGCGACUGACCUCAUAUAUCGCCAAUGCAUUAGUUAUAAACCCCAACAACUCGGACGAACAAAGGAGGGUGAGGUUCUUACAAGUAUAGGAUUUUUAAACGGGGCCCCAGCAAUUAGUGUGCAUGGAUUUAAUAUCUAUCAUAAGAAUCGCCUCAUAUUGCCUUUUCAUCGAGUUUUGAGUUCCGCAAGCAGUAAAGGUAGGAGCGUCGCUGGAGUGCUCGAGGCAAACUUUAUCAAGCCCACUCAUGACAAGCAAGACUUUGAGAAGUCACAGCUUUAUCAGAAGCUGAUCACCCGCUUGAAAGAGAUGACGAAUGAGUACUGGGAUUUACAUAGUCACCUGAUUGGAUACCAAAAAACGUCGCGUGCAUCUUCUGUUUCUCCAUCCCCUGCUGCAAUUCUUCCAGUAGCAAACACCAUCGCUAACCCAUCUGAGAGCAAUCUCUCAAUGGCGCCCUCGAUGCCUGGCACCUGUCAUAAUCCCGCGAGUGUAAUUCCGAUUGCUUUCGCUCCUCCUGAUCUCUCAGUACCCAUGGAAACCAGAGCACCCACAGCCUACUCCAUGCCAAGUGAGCAGACCGUACAAGCCGGCCAGACAAGUUCACCUCUUGUGGUACCAGCCACUGAUUUAGCAGAGGCAAGAAAAAGGAAAAACGAGGCUGCUUUUCAGAUGGAUUCAGCUAAGAGACAGGCCACACACAAUCUGGAGGGGAACAACACCAUGACGACGAGCGAUCAGGCAUGCCAACAUAUGACAGAAACAGAGCUGAAUGAACUUUCCUUCUUGAAGCAGGAGAAUAAGCACCUUCGUGAAGAGUGCUUGGAAUUUGAGGUGACCGAGAAGGAGCUCUUGCUCAAGGAACAAAGGUUAAGGCUCGAAAUUGAGCAGGCGGAGGCACAAUACAAGAGUUUACUGAAGGAGUACAUUUCGGCUAGUGCUGUGAGAACACAGAAGAGAUAGACAUUUCUUCCAGGCGUAGAUGACUGGCCCCUUCGAUAUGGGGAUCCUGGCACAUCCGUGCACCAUGCACAGAGCGGAGUGUGCCAUGAUAAGGAUACAGAAGAGAUAGACGUUUCUUCCAGAAGUAGAUGGCGCCUUUGGUAUGGCGAUCUCCCAUCUGUUUUCAGUUGCUGGAUACUUUGGGUUUUGUAAUUUGUACCCGUAUAUAUACUGGAGCAGGCAAUAUCUCCGUCCCCGGUCACAUCUCUACCCCCGAAAAUCAUUUCUGUCA